AUGAACUAAUAUUUAUAAUUACUAUUAAUAAGUUGGUCUUUCUUAUAUUUCAUGAAAAAUUAUAAUACAAUUUAUAAUAAUUCAUCCUUUUAAAUAGCUAAUUAAGUAUCAUAAUAGAGAAAAUUUCAUCAAAUGCUUCAAACGAUAUUACGUCAAUUUUAAAAAAAGAUAUAAAUGAGCAUACAUCAUUUAUACAAUUAGAGUUAGAGGUAGAAAAAAGCUAGAAUGAUUAUUUAUAUUACGAAAUAAUUGAUUAUGUAAUCACAAAAAAAAUUCUACAUUUUGAUGACGUUUCUAUAUUAUAAUAAUUAGGUCUGUAUAACUUACCCCUUAAAAAUAAUAAACAUAUAUAUAUAUAAACACUACCCGUACCCUAGUGUUCGAAGCAAUAUUUUUCGCGUGAGUAUUAAAUACAUAAAAACAUUUGUAAAACAGGUCGGAAUUUUUUUAUUUCUCUCAGUUUGUAUUGCCAAUAUCUAUUAUAUAGAGAGAUAUUAUCUAAAUGCACAAUAAAUUGCUACCAUAUUAAAUCAAAUUGUAAAUAAAUUUUAAGAAAAGUCUAAAAAACGAAUGAAAUCUAUCUAAUUUACUUAAUUAAAUUACUCUUAUGAUAUUUAUCUAUUUAUUUAUCAAACCUAUUUACUUUAAGCCUCUAAAAUUUAGCUAAGCCAGAUUAUCUGUACUUCGUUCCUUUUCUCAUUCAUCCUAAAAUUAAAAAAUUUGUUUCUUCUAGAUCAUUUUCAUUUUACAAUCAACUUAUUAGAAGCAAUUUUCAUUUUUUUUGCUAAAUAGACUUAGAGAAAUGUAACUGUGAACAUGUGA